CAUUACGUUCCAGUUUUAUAUUUUCUUGCAACGUCAAAGACGCAUAUUCGUCGCAAAAUAGCAGUUACGAUGAGCAAAAAACGGAUCAUAGGAGGUGUGGUUGCAGUGGCGGUUUUACUCCUGGGUACAGGCGCUGGCCUCCUUGCAUAUUUCUUAACAAAAGAUUCCCCCGAUCAAUCAUCUGGUGGACCCUACAAAAGAGUGGCCGUUGUUACAGAUACACCGCGGUGCUCCGUGAUCGGGAAAAAUAUCCUAAACGCGAACGGGUCCGCAGUGGAUGCUGCCAUCACUGCCAUGUUCUGUUUGGGUGUGGUCAGCAUGCACUCAUCAGGGAUAGGAGGUGGGGGAGUGAUGUUGGUGUAUAAUCAAACAUCAAAGCAGGUCAAAGUCAUCGACUUCAGAGAAACUGCCCCAGCUACAGCCCACAAGAACAUGUUUAAGGGCAACGAAAGUAAAGCCAGGAAAGGUGGUCUGGCUAUCGCUGUUCCCGGUGAAGUGCGCGGUAUGCACAAGGCUUGGAAACGACAUGGACGGUUACCAUGGAAACAACUUGUUCAACCCGCCAUUGAUUUGGCCAGAAAGGGAUUUAAAGUAACUCAAGCUGUGGAAGAUGCACUGAAAACGACAAAAGGAAUCAAAGAUGAUAUUGAAAACGACCCGGGAUUGAGUGAGCUGCUCCUUACUAAAAACAAAAAGCUGGUUAAAAAAGGCGAUGUUAUUAAGAACGUACAGUACGCAGAGACUUUGGAAACAGUGCGUGACAAUCCUGACUCCUUUUACAAUGGAACACUCGCUAGUAAAAUAUUGCGUGACAUUAAGAAAGUCAAUGGGACCGUGACUGAAGAGGAUUUAAGGAGUUAUACGUGGAUUUUAAGAGACCCAUACCAGAGUAACAUCCGGGACAUGAAAAUGUACCUGACCCCACCACCCACAAGUGGCGCUGUGCUGGCACUGAUCUUAAACAUUUUAAGAGGGUAUAACAUGACAUCGUCAGCUCGCGAUGACGUGAACGCCACCGUGCUGACUUAUCAUCGAAUCAUUGAAUCCUUCAAGUUCAGUUAUGCGUGGCGCAGUCGGCUUGGAGAUCCCAAGUUUGACCAGACGAUAUCAAAGACAGCAGAAAAAAUGUUAGAACCAGAACUUGGUGAUGCCCUUCGUCAAAAAAUAUGGGAUAACAAGACUUACACGAAUGUUUCGUAUUACGCGGAUUCCUUUUCGAACGCUGAUUACGGUACGACACACGUGGCUGUACUGGACCAAAAUGGAGACGCAGUUUCUGUGACAUCCACUAUAAACAUGAGGUUUGGCGCUAAAUAUCGAUCCACUACCACAGGCAUCAUUUACAACAAUGAGAUGGCAGAUUUUGAUAUUCCUGAUUACGAAGUAGUGGGUGAUAUUUCUCCAUCCCCAUUCAAUUUUCCUGAGCCAGGAAAGCGACCGUUCUCUUCCAUGUGUCCCACCAUUUUAACCGAUAACGACGGAAAAGUUCGGUUUAUUAUCGGUGCCUCUGGCGGGAAAAGGAUAACCACAGCUGUAUCACUGGACUAAGACUAAGGAAAUGAAGACACCGAUGUUGGUUGGACGUUACCCGACAAGGAAAUAGCAUGAGCCAGUUUUGCUUCGCUGAUAUAUUUGAACUCAUGUUUUUACAUUUAAAGCUUUGAAAAAAUGUAACUUAACGACAAACUAAAAUUGGAAGAGUUCGCCAAUCAAAUUGGUGCGCAGACGAAGCGAGUACAAGUGGCUUUUUGCUCACUCACGUCGGCACUUGUUUCAGUGACAACUACUAUUGACUAUGUAAUAACUAAGUACUUACAAUUCCGACCAUUUCUUUCGUAGCCAUUAGCAUGCUGUCGAACUUCAUGAUUGCAGGCACUCAUGCGUCCUCAGAAAUACUGUCGCGCGGCUAUGUCAAAAGAUCUACAGAUACGUAGUGUAACGCUUAUAAACGAGGACGAGUAAUAGGGUUCAAACAUAUUCGUUUUUAGAAACCACUAUGAUUUAGCAUGGCUUUGGUAAAGACAAAGACUUACCCAGAACUUAGCGUUGAAACAGAUUAAUUAUCGGUGUUUUACUUUAGCCCCCUUAGGGUUCAGUCAUUAUUUAUUGGUCCACGCAGAGACGAACUCAGCUUCUUUUGAAAACCUAUCAGCGUGGAUCAGAGCGUUAAGUUAGUAAUCUCUUCCCCAAAGCGGAUAUAAGCCAGCUCUUCUUUGCUACUACUGUACGCAUGUAGUACUAAUGCAAAUAUAUACUCUUGCAUCUGCAGGUCUUAAUGAACAAACUCUGGUUUGGAGAUGACUUGUCUAAAGCAGUAGACGAACCACGACUGCACUCACAACUGGUGCCUGAUCAGACAGUAUUUUAUGAAAAAAAUAAGCCCUACCGCGUUCAAGAGAACGUAAUUGAAGG